AUUUUGUAGGAUUUGUAAAUAAGUAUAUUAGUGAGAAAAAUAAAAUUACAAAUUUCGUGAAAAUUUAGACAUUUGGUGCGCAUGCGCAUUCCACCCCACUAGUUUUAACUUCCGGUUAAAUUCUACCUUUCUUUCCAAACAUUCAAGAUGGUAAACGUGCCGAAACAAAGACGCACUUUUUGCAAAAAAUGCAAAGUGCACAAACCGCAUAAAGUAACUCAAUAUAAAAAAAGUAAGGAAAGGCAUGCUGCCCAGGGUAGAAGACGUUACGACCGUAAGCAACAAGGUUUUGGAGGACAAACAAAACCUAUCUUCAGGAAGAAGGCAAAGACAACGAAAAAGAUUGUCUUGAGAAUGGAAUGCACUGAAUGCAAAUACAGAAAACAAAUUCCUUUGAAACGUUGCAAACAUUUCGAACUUGGCGGUGACAAAAAGAGAAAGGGACAAAUGAUCCAAUUUUAAGGCCGUUUCUCAUCUUUAUUCUAAUAAUGUAAUUAUUAAAAAAUAAAAAAUCUUGUAUGAUUUUUAUCAA